UUAGAGGAUGAGGCCUUGUAUUCUCAUAUAUCCGACUUAACAGACUUUAAACGACCUGAAGUCGGAGUUUAUGAAGAGUCCCAACCCAACAGCUUAGUUUUGGACCUAGAGCAAGGUUCAAAUUGCGGUUCGGAAAAGGGUUCUAGCAGCGGCUCGGAGCCACAGGAUGAGGCUGCGAACUUUCAAACCUUGGCCCAGGUUGAGGUCAACCAGGAAAAGAUGAAGGAAGAGAUAAAAGACCCUGAGCUAAAGAAGAAGGAUGGAAGGAGAAAAGCAGGAAUUCUGAAACUAAAUUGGAGAAAUAAAGUCAAACCUCAAGAACUAGAUCAGAUUAUAAGUUUGGGUAAAGAGGAAAUCAUUCAUGAAGUAGACGAGGAAAACCCCAAGAAUUUACGAUGGGGAGAGAAAAGAGAACUGAGUUCUGAACAUGACAAUCCAUCCAAGCAUGCUGAUCCCGCUCUCUCCGAGCAUGCUGAUCCCGCUCCUUCCGAGCAUGCUGAACUUAUUAAGGAUGCUGAGCUUGUUAAGAAUGCUGAGCAUGCUGAAGAUACAUGUUCGCCUGAUUGGACGGAAGAAGAGAAGGCGAGGUUAGAGGGAAAAAAGGAUUCAGGGUAUGGCAGUCAGGGAGUAAUAAAGGUACAAGAUGAAAAGGCUGAAGACGGGGCUAAAUAUAUCAGGAAGGAUCGUCAGCAGUUAGAGAAGAUCCCUACCGAUCAGUUGGCCGAUCAUUACGAGGUUUACUAUGAUCGGCAACCCAGCAACAAUUGAAUUUAACAGUUAUCCAUAAAUCUAAAUUGUUCGUUAGUUUAUUAUUUUUACUGUGCAUACAUAUAAUUAUUAUUAUCAUUAUUAUUAUAGAUUUAUUUGGUACACAGAGGUAAAAGACAAAAACUAGAAUAAAGUAUAGAUAUAUAAA